AUGUUCCUCGCAAUCGCGUCCCUAGCAGCCUUCUGGGCCACCACAUCUCUCGCCCAAACCACCACCGACUGCAAUCCUCUCAAUUCCACCUGUCCCUCCGACCCAGCCCUGGGAACGACCUACGCCACCCAAUUCAACGCCACCAUGCAAGAAUUCCCCUCCCAAUACUGGAACGUCACGGCCGGAACGUCUCUGAUUUCCUUCGGCGACACCAACGGCGCCGACCUCUCCCUGCAAACAUCGACAGACACCGUGACCAUCAAAUCAAACUUUUACAUCUUCUUCGGAACCGUGUCCAUCGUCAUGAAAGCCGCCCCGGGGACCGGCAUAAUUUCCACGAUAAUUCUGCUGAGUGAUGAUCUGGAUGAGGUCGAUUGGGAGAUAAUGGGCGGCAAUAGCACGACGGUGGAGAAUAAUUAUUAUGGAUGGGGGAAUACGAGUCAGUAUAAUUCCAAGUAUCCGGCGCUAGAUGGUGCGCAGGAUAGUUAUCAUAAUUACACCAUCAAUUGGUCGCAGGAGAAGAUUCAGUGGAUUCUGGAUGAUAAUGUCGUCCGCGAGGCGGGGUAUGAAGAGCCGGGAAUGUAUCCCCAGACGCCGUGCAGGGUGCAAUUCGGUGUUUGGUGUGGUGGGUGUUCCGAGUCUGAGGGCACUGUCGAAUGGGCUGGCGGAAAGUCGGACUUUACCGAUGCGCCGUUCAACAUGUGAGUCGCAUCGCGAUCGCUGAGUUGGAUCGUACCGAGUGUGCUGACUUCUUCGUAGGUACGUCAAAUCCAUUUCCAUCACGGACGGAACCCAGAACGCCAGCUCGUAUUCCUACAGCGACAACAGCGGAAGCUACAAGAGCAUCAAUGUCACGGAAGGCGAGUCCGAUGCGUACAAAGCCCUCCACAAGCUCACUACGGUAGAGGAAGCCGAGGAGCACUGGUCUGGUCUUUCCACCGGGGCGAAGAUUGGAAUCGCCGUGGGUGUUCUGGGUGGACUGGCUAUCGCCCUGCUCGCAUUCAUCUUCUACUGCGUCAAGCAGCGACGCGCCGGCCGAGCGGAGGCUGUAAAACAGGGGCAGGAAUGGGAUGACCAGAAUGACGAGCUGAUGGAGUACCGGUCCAUGAUGGCCAAGGGCAAUUUUGCCGUUUCAAGACAGUCCAUCUUGAUGGAUGCGAACAGCCAGAGGGGCAGUCGGCGAUUUUCCAAGUUCUAA